CGGCGCCGUCCCGCAGUUUGUGGCGGCCACCUCCGCGCCCUGGUGCGCACCCAGGAGCUGUUUUCCCACGCGCAGUUCGGGGACGCCCCGUACCCGGGGGGCAGCGAGUGCCGCUGGGUGCUGGCGGCCGAGCGGGGCUACGGGGUGGAGCUCAUCUUCCAGAGCUUCGAGGUGGAGGAGGAGGCGGACUGCGGCUACGACUACCUGGAGCUCUUCGACGGCUCCGACGGCACCGCGCCGCGCCUCGGCCGCUUCUGCGGCUCCGGGCCCCCCGAGCCGCUGUACUCCGCCGGAGACGCGGUGCUGCUGCACUUCCACUCUGACGACACCAUCAACAAGAAGGGCUUCCACCUGCGCUACACCAGCACCAAAUUCCAGGACACGCUGCACGCCAGGAAGUGACGGCAGCCCGCAGCCCCCAGAGGGGGGGGAGAAAUGGGGAGGGGGGGGCGGCGAGCGCCGCCGCGGAGCCCCAACCCCGCAGGACUGCAUGGAGGAGCGCGUGGGGCUGCGGGGGGUGAUGGGGUCACCGGGCCCCCCUGCGAUGGGGGGGGGUUUGUAGGGGGGGGGGCUGCCCGUCCCGUGUCACGGAAUAAAGGCUCUUGUAUUUGG